AUGGCGGCUCCCAUGGAAGUGGCCGUGUGUACGGACUCGGCGGCCCAGCUGUGGAGCUGCAUCGUGUGGGAGCUGCAUUCGGGCGCCAACUUGCUCACGUACCGCGGCGGCCAGGCCGGACCCCGCGGUCUGGCGCUGCUCAAUGGCGAGUACCUGCUGGCGGCGCAGCUGGGCAAGAACUACAUCAGCGCCUGGGAGCUGCAGCGGAAGGACCAGCUCCAGCAGAAGAUCAUGUGCCCCGGGCCUGUCACCUGUCUGACCACAUCGCCCAAUGGCCUUUAUGUCCUGGCGGGGAUUGCAGAGAGCAUAUACCUGUGGGAGGUCUCCACAGGGAACCUUCUGGUCAUCCUGAACCGCCACUAUCAGGAUGUGUCGUGCCUGCAGUUCACAGGGGACAGCAGCCACUUCCUCUCGGGGGGCAAGGACUGCCUGGUGCUGGCGUGGAGCCUGUGCAGCGUGCUGCAGGUGGACCCCUCCCGGACCCCAGCCCCCCGGCAUGUCUGGUCUCGUCACACCCUCCCCAUCACAGACCUGCACUGUGGCUUUGGGGGGCCCCUGGCCCGGGUGGCCACGUCUUCGCUGGACCAGACGGUGAAGCUGUGGGAGGUCUCGUCGGGCGAGCUCCUGCUCUCCGUGCUGUUUGACGUGGGCGUCAUGGCCGUGACUAUGGACCUGGCCGAGCACCACCUGUUCUGUGGCGGGAGCGACGGUGCCAUCUUCCAGGUCGACCUUUGCACCUGGCCCGGGCACAGAGAGACGACCUUCCAGCCGGAGCAGGACGGCGGGAAGGCGUUCCGAGGGCACAGGAACCAGGUGACUUGCCUGUCCGUGUCUACCGACGGCAGCGUGCUGCUGUCCGGCUCCCACGAUGAGACCGUGCGCCUGUGGGACGUCCAGAGCAAGCAGUGCAUCAGGACGGUGACCCUCAAAGGCCCGGUGACCAACGCCUCCAUCAUGCUGGCGCCCGUCAGUAUGCUGAGCUCAGACUUCCGGCCGGGCCUGCCCCUGCCCCACUUCAACAAGCACCUGCUGGGCGCCGAGCACGGGGACGAGCCGCACCGCGGGGGCCUCAUGCUGCGCCUGGGGCUCCACCAGCAGGGUUCGGAGCCGAGCCACCUGGAGCGAGCCGACCAGCUGCACUCGGUGAUGAGCGCCACGAUGGAGAAGAGCGUCCUGGGCGGCCAGGACCAGCUGCGGAGCCGCGUGGCCGCGCUGGAGGACGAGGUCCGGAACCUGCGGAAGGUCAACCGCGAUCUGUUCGACUUUUCCACGCGAAUCAUCACGCGGCCGGCCAAGUGAGCCCCCUGCCUGCUGAGCAGCCUGUGGACGUUUUACGCCCCCGCCCCCCAGGAGCCUUGUUUUCCACGUGCCCCCGCGGCCUUUGGCGCUGCUCUGUUUCUAACAAAAGGACUAAAGCGUCUCCUCUGCCCCCGUCCGUGCUGGGCGGAUCCCAGGUCUCGCCAGGCCGCAGGGCCCCCAGCAAGACCUGCCUCAGUGGAGGCCCCUGAGUCCAGUUUUUAAAACUCAGUGUCAAGAACUGACAGUUUUUUUCAGAGGCUGGUCGGCUGCCGCAGGGCUUUCGCUCGACUGUGAGGGUGAGGCCACGCUGGGGGGAGGGGUGGCUCCUGAGGUGCAGGCAGAGGUUCAGAGAGAGCGCAGUGUGGUGCCACUGAUCCAGUCCCUUUGAUGGGCUCCCAGGGGUCGCCCCAGCCUGGCUCCGGGGGUGGCCGGUCCUGGGCCAGGGUCCUCCAGAGGGAUGUGCACCCCCACGGCCAGAUGAGAACCUUUCUUGUUGGCCUGAAGGGCCUGCGGGAGGCCAGUUGUCUCUCUCCUGCCCUGGGGAUGUGGCCAGUGGUCAGCCAGCACCUGGAGCCCAGCCCAGACAACGGCCCCACAGCCAUGCACAGAACCUUCCAGAAAAGUGCCUGCCCCUGACAGCUCAGCUUAAUGACCCAGAAGCCAUGUGACUGAGCAAGUGCUGGAAUAUGGAGCCAGGCCAGGGGUCCCAGCUGGGGUCCCGCUCCUGGGCCCAGGGACAGCCCCCCCCCCCUGCCCCGAGCUCCGGGCUCUGUUUUCCCAUCUGUAGGCUGGGCACAGGCAGGCCUCACCUGUGGGUCUCCAGAAAGCCUGGAAGAUCUGCUCAGGCUGAGGCUCCGGGGCCCAGACGUGAGUGAGGGGCCGUCUGUGUCUGCGGCUGCCUGCACGUCUCCUCGAGUAAAUGUUUUGGAAGCAG